AUGGCUUCCCCCAGCAGCCCCCGGACGUCAAAUGCGUGGAUGUCCGAGGUCAACCCAGAGUUCAGCCCUCUGAUCCCUGGGAUCAACGAGGCUUUCAAGAAAAUAUGGACAUACAAAGACAUGGCAGAAUUUCGUGGGAACUGGACUACGACUAGGGCAAGCUUUGCUCCCUACAUUCCCUUGACUGGCUUCACGACGAGCCAUCUCCAAGUGCGUGUCUCAGAUGGCGCUGAGGUCGAAGUCCGCAUCCUCCGGCCGACGAAUUCCGAGAGCGAAGAACUGGCAAUGCUCUUUGUGCUGCAUGGUGGCGGCUGGGUGGUCGGCGGACAUGACUCGGAGAGCUCCAUGUCUCGAGCUGUCUGCGUCAAGAAUCGCAUGGUCGUGGUCAGCGUCGACUACCGCCGAGCACCAGAGCACCAGUUUCCCACUGCGCUGAAUGACGGCUACGACGUCUUCAAAUGGAUCUGUGCAAAUGCUUCAGCCCACAGCAUCGACCCCUCGAGGAUCAUUCUGGCCGGCACCAGCGCUGGAGCGAACCUGAUAGCCGCCUUGGCCAUCAAACUCCGCGAUGACAAACUCCUGGAUGGCGUGUUGGGACAGGUGUUGAACCUCCCGGCUGUGUGCCACCCAGGCCACUUCCCACUGGGCAAGUUCGAGCUGAACAGCUACGAGCAGAACGCCGAUGCACCGACGAUCAAUGGCCGGUCCAUGCGAUGGUUCUGGAACCAAUACUGCCCUGAUAGAGAUAGAGGAUCCGACCCUUUGGCGAGUCCGCUGCUAGCCAACGACCAUGCUCAAUUGCCUCCAGCGCUGAUCCAGGUCGCGGGAAUGGACGCAUUACGGGACGAGGGCAUUGCUUACGCCGGAGUCCUGGAAAAGGCCGGUGUCCCCGUAGAGUUGAAGACCUACCCCGGGCUUCCCCACGGAUUUGUACUGGCCAUCAGAAUGGAAGUGGUCAACGACUACUAUAAGGCAAUGGUUGACUGGAUUGCCAAAAGGCUGGAGGGAUGA